UCCACGCGUGCUCAACGCAUGAUAAACCACGAGAUAAAGGUCGGCCAUCACUUGGAUAAGUGCAUUACGUCUUGAAAAACGAGAUUUUUUUCUUUUAAAAUUAAUAAAAUCUGACGUUUUAUGCAUCACAAUUGCUAAACGUGGGCACUUCAGCUACGGCUUUAGUAUAAAUUCGUUGUCUUACUCUUGGAAGCAUUAUUAUUUUUUGUGACGACGUGGUAUGAUUAGCGCUUCAUGUACAUUUAUGGCUGAAAAGUGAUAGAAUUUUGACCGUUUAGACUGUUUGAGUUUUGUUAUGGCAAUUGAAUUGUAAAAAAAUAUGAAAAUAGAUCGGAGCAAGUUAAGAAAGCCUCAGUCGGAGCUGCCAGCGAAUUGCCAUCAACUUAUCUAUAAACUUAAAGAGGCGAACGAUGAGGAAACAGCGGAGAUUUUGCGAGGAAUACAAACAUGGCAAUAUGGCAAGUGUGAAUUGUUUCACUGGAUCGAUGUGCUUGAUAAAUUUGAUACAAUCCUUGGAAAUGUAUCAAAAAAUGCUGAAGGAAGUGAAUGGAUAUUAGAGUACGAUCAGCUACUUAAUAAGGAUAAGGAACAGGCAAAGAUCCAUAAAGAACUUAUAUCAAGUGUCUUGAAGUUCACCGGACUCCUUGUUGAGCACUCCUAUGCACGACACAUAUAUAGCUCAGUUGAGCACUUGAUUACUUUGUUAUCGGCAAGUGAUAUGGAGGUUGUCCUUUGUGUGCUAAAUGUCCUUCACAUCUUCAGUAAGCGAUCAAACUUUAUUUCUCGUCUUCCAUUGGAACAACGAAAAGCACUUCAUCAGAGACUGUAUUGUUUAGCUGAGAGUUGGGGCGGAGGUGCAAAUGGUUUUGGCUUAGCUCAUUGCUCAAAAGAUUUGGGAAUGGAUCAAUAUCCUGAAAGUGCAAGCAAUGUCCACUUUGAAUUUUACAUGGACACAAAAAAAGACCAAGAAAAGAGCAAUCGAGGAGAUAUUUUGUUAAAUGACGGCUCUACAUCCUCUCAUGUUGUUGUGCAUUUAGAAGAUGUUCAUAAGCUGUCCGAGAGUCCUGGAGAAAUUAUGGAAAAAGUCUUGAAGAAGUAUAAAAUUCCUGAGGAAAAACAGAUCAAACUUUUCUCAAGUAUACGACUUGCGAGACAUUUCCAUGUUUAUUUAAAGAGAAUCAAGUGCCUUCAAGCUCGAUUGCAAGCCAUUUCAAUUCUUGUGUAUUCGACUAGCAAUCAAGAGAAUACCAUAAAUCAACUAUUAUAUCCUGGAUUUAUCGAAGAAAUUGUUGAUGCGAUACGUUUGAAUGAUGCCAGCUCAAAAUAUACAGAGAUAAGCUCAGCUUCAUUAAGAACAUUGACGGCAAUCAUACAUUUAGAAAGAAACACAAGAUUUAGUACGAUUAUUGAAGCGACAGGCGCUAAUUCCUAUCAUGGUUUCCUGCCAACUCUUGUUAGAAAUUGUAUUACAGCGAUGACUGAUCCGACGUUGACAUCAUAUUCUCAUGUUUUUGCGACGGCGCUUUUUUCCUUCCUUUACCAUUUAGCCAGCUAUGAAUCAGGUGGCGAGGCUCUCGUAUCUUGUGGCCUCAUGGAGUCUCUGUUAAAGGUUAUUGAAUGGCCUGGCCAGGAAGACAGCAUCACCUUUGUGACACGUGCCGUCCGCGUGGUCGAUCUCAUCACCAAUCUAGACAUGGUUGGAUUUCAAAAUCACGGAGGGCUUGCGAUUAUCCUGAACAGACUUGAGCGUGAGAUUAAGGUGUGUAAACCACAUCAUGGAUCUAUACUAGUAAGUGAAUCUGUGGUCAAUAGUCCAGCGGAAACUAGUGGAAGUUCAGAAUCAAUGGAAACCAGUCCUCCACCUUCCACGUCUACGUCAUUGCCACGUGAUUCGAGUCAGAACAGCAGCGAGUCCACACUUAUGGAUACUGAUAAUAGCGCAGAAAGUGGAAACACGUCCAAUGAGCCUCAGCCUGGUGCAGCAAUGGACGUUGAUGAAUCUAAGGGUACCCCGGAGGAUAAAUCUUCUAGAUCCUCCAGCACUAAUGAAUUUACGAAACACGGCAAAACUCAGAUUAUACCUCAACGCGCUGCUCUUUUGAAGUCCAUAUUGAACUUCUUCAAGAAAGCCAUCUUGGAUUCCUCAUUCAGUGAAAGUGUACGAACAAUGAUGGAUGGUUCUCUUCCGACCUCAUUGAAGUUUAUCAUUAGUAACGUAGAGUAUUAUGGACCAGCACUGUACCUUUUGGCAACGGAUGUUGUCACCGUUUACGUGUUUCACGAGCCAUCGUUGCUUUCGUCAUUGCAAGAUAAAGAUCUAACCGGAGUCGUUCUCAGGUCCCUUAUUUCCAAGGAUAUUCCCGCCACGCGUGAAGUUUUGGCAUUUCUACCGAAUAUAUUGAGUGCGUUGUGUUUGAAUAACCGUGGUUUACAGGCAUUCAUUGCGUGUCAGCCAUUCGAUAAACUCUUAAAAGUACUACUUUCACCUGACUACCUUCCAGCGAUGAGAAAUAGGAGAAGCUCGGACCCUCUAGGGGACACUGCGUAUAGUUUGGGAACGGCAAUGGAUGAACUGAUGCGUCAUCAACCGAUGUUGAAAAGUAAUGUGAUAAAAGCUAUUGUGAAGUUGCUUGAGGAAGUAUGUCGCAUUGGAUCUGACCCUAACGUCACAUGUGUAAAAGCAGUAAAAAGUGAAUCGAGUCCUGCUAACGAAGAUGAUCCGGUGUCUGAUGAGGAAGAUUACGAUGAAGAUAGGUUGCCUGUACCGAAAGCUGAUCCCAAUGGAAAGAUGGAUCAAGAAUGUACAAGUGAGAAAAAGAAAUACGUUCCUUUGACAGAUUAUAUACUUAAUGUGGUGAAGUUUGUCGAUGCAAUUUUGAGCAACAACUCAACGGACGAUCACAUCCGAGAGUUUGUUCAACACAAUGGUCUGGAACCUUUGAUCAAGAUUCUAUCUUUACCUAACUUACCCCUUGAUUUUCCCUCUUCAUCUGCAUGUCAAUCCAUUGGCAUCAUUUCUCGUUCAAUACUCUUCCUGUGUCAGGAACAUCCUUUACAAAAAGGUCUAGAUCAUCUUGCCUCCACGCUGGAUUUACUCAAACCUUUAAACAAUUGUCUGACGAAGACGGGGCAGUCUGUAUUGCUCCAAGAAAUCAUCAAAAAUCCCAAACCUUUUCAGGCUAUCAAUUCCUUUCACCAAACUCCAUUGCUGCAUGGAAUGUGUGCGACGCAAUCUUUCGUAAAUAUGUUUACAUAUAUCGCUAAGUCGAUACAAAACGAUGUUCGCACGAUAUGCAUUAACCAUUGGGGAGAAAAGAUCAAGACUCUACAACAAUUGUGUCAGCUCUACACAUCGUUAGUUUGGGAAAGUUCAGUUCUAUUGAGUCUUUGCACGAAGGAUGUAUUGCCAGAAGAAUGCAUUGAACUGAAGCAAGAUCUUCAAAGGCUCCAGGAACUUGUGGAGAACGAUGCUGAACCGACAUCUUCCGAGGACGUUUCUCAUCGUUUAUCGGAUGAUGUUCAACAAUCCAACAACGACAGAGAAUCGUCGUCUGAGAAAUCUCAAAAUGGAGAAGAUAUAACCGCUACAUCGUCCGGUUCAUGUUCAAAAUCGAAAUCGAAAUCAUCAUCGAAACUGAGAAUACUAAAGCAAUUGCUUGCUGCAGCCUCGAGGCUUGGCCGAAGUCUUGCCGAGUUCUUCUCGCUACUUGCUCGGCUUGCAGUCGGAUCGGGACAACGUCAGCGAAGACCACCUCAACUUUACGCCCCUCCUGGAAAACCAACUUUACCUGGAAAACUUAUUGCUGCUACAUUGGCUAAACUUCUUUCUGUUGGACUCUCUUGGAAAGAACCGGAGGAUUGCCACAUGCCGCAUGUCAGUUUGACAUAUUACAUCUGUUCUCUAAGCUUCGUUCAUCCGAUGCUAUUUGACGAUCGUAAAGAUCCAUACCACCUUAUGUUACAACAGUUUGUCGCCUCGAAAGGCUUGAAGUCGCUUUACGAUCGCUUUUAUUGGGUGAUUACACGACAGGUAGCCCCCGAUUCCAGCACUUCUGUUGAUAUCGCAGACUUAUCCGCACUUCCCGAAGGCUCUGAGGAAUUUGUGAAUGCUUGGCUGGCGCUUGUUGAGCGUUUGGUAAACCCCAGACUUAUCUUGGAUUCAUCUCAUACCAUUCCAAAGCCGCUUGCAUCCGAAAGUUCGUCCAGUAAGAAUGCGUUUCUGCCAAAACAGUUUUUGGGUCGCUGUCAGAAGAACGCGCUUUUAGCCGUGAGGAUGUUGUGGGAGUACAAACCCCGUAAGACCUAUGGUGUACUCAUAAAACAAUCAAUGCUCUCCAUUCUUGGUCACAUCAUCUACGGUGAAAGAUUAUUGAAGACCGUCGAGAAACCGAACACGGACGACGAUGUGGAUUACGAACGAAUCAGUCAAGCUCCUGAUUCCCCGCGGGUGAAUGAGGAUCAUUUACGGCAACUCAUGGAUAUGGGGUUUUCUCAGGAACAUGCUAGAAGGGCACUCGUGAAUACACGCAACAUAGAGCAAGCAACGGAAUAUCUUCUGACAACUCGACCUCCAGCUGCUUUGCAGACAGAAAGUCAACAGCUUGCGAUGACCUUGACAAUUUCUGAAGAAGAUCAGAUGAUUCAAGCCAUUGCAUUGUCGCUUGGGGAAAACCUACCCAUGACAGUCGAUCAGCCUUCCUCUGGCUCCUCCGCUUCCCCAAAAGGAAAGGAAAAGAAACCAAAAAUUGAAACCAGUCGGAAGGAUGAAGAUGAAACAGAGAUUCUACAAAGCUCAGAUAUCGAUGAUUUCUCUGCGAAUAUGCUUACUGGUUGCGUGGCGUCUGUCAUCGACACACCGGAGACUGUGUACAAGUCAUGUGAUCUGAUUGUCGCACUUUCAAAACGGAAUGGCUCGGAGUGGAGGAAUUUGGCCUUGAAUCGAUUGUUGAGCACGAUUGUCGAGGAAGCUUCGUAUCUUAGUGAGCUCUAUGAAAACAUGGAUUUUGAAAGCGGAAAAGCGCUGGAGCUAGCGGAACAGUACUGUACGAAAUCGCAAGCAAAUCUCCUCAAGUCUAUGUUGCAUUUGUUGAGUCUUAUUCUCGAGGCAUUGCGAACGCCUUGUGCGGUUCUGAUCGUUGAAUCUGGUAGUCAGGAUGUACUUAUAAGGUUAUUGAGGAACUUUCAUCAAUGUCUUGUCCAUUUCAAGAGUUAUGGUGAAAAACCGACUACACCCAGUUGGUUAACUCCCCUCUUGAUCCUUAUUGAUCUGUACGAGAAGAGCGUCCAAGCGCAUUAUCGAAAGAUUGAACACGACAAAGCAAAAUGGAUUGAUGAGGCAUAUCGUCAAGGAGAGACAUCUAUAAGAUUCUCAGCUGGUAGAAGACGCUACAUUGUGCAUUUUGACACCAUGGUUCAAGAAAAUGAAGACUCCGGAAAUCGCAGACCAGUUAUGCUCGAAGUGAAAUCAAAGAACGCAGUCUCUACACUCGUGAAAGACGGGGAAUACCCAUUUAAGGAAAAACCGCCGUUGCCUUAUGAUCCAGAACCAAACGCAGUUGUGGAAGAAGGCAUCAAACUUGAAUCAUUAUUACUUGAACAAAAGGAAUGUCUUGUGAGGACUUGCGUAUCGUUGAUGUCCAUACCAGUGGAGAACAGUGCCUUGAAUGCUGUGGUAAGGCUCUGUGUCCGUUUAACUCGUAACCACCAUCUUGCCAUGGUAUUUGUCGAGGCCGGCGGUCCGCAUCAUGUCCUGAACUUAGACCAAUCAUCGAAAUUUGACGGUUUUAAUAUUCUAUUAACGUUACUAUUACGUCAUGUGUUGGAAGACCACGAUACGUUAAUGCACACCAUGGAGAAGGUCCUGCGGUCAGCAUCGGUCAGCGGUAUUGGUAACAGCUCCAGCGGCGUCGGCUCCAAUUCCCUCGGAACAAAAGAGUUUCAUUACCUCAUGCGCAUUUUGAGUCCUCUUGCAACUCGCAACUCCGAAGUUUUUCAGGAUCUUCUUUUGAAAUACAUGAGAUUUUCUGUACCCAGUCACAUAAAACGCACCGGGACGCAUGCUGGUGAGAUUUUGAUUCCUCCUAAUCAAGCGCUGCUUGUUAACAUUCUUCCACCCAGUAAAGCUGCGAGUAAAAUUCCGAAGGUUUCCGAAAGUACCCGAGGUGUCGUUUAUGAACUUCUGAACGCAUUGUGUCGGGAUUAUGAUGGCGAGAAAUAUGAUGACGUUUUUGCUACGGCAACAGAUGACUUAUCAAGCGAAAGCCAAAGCCAAAGCUCUGGAGGACCCAGUCAAAGUCAAGUUGGUCGUACAUUAGGGCAGUUAGGUGAUCUUCUUGAUGGUCGACCAACGCCGUCUCUUGUUAGACAUCUUACGGGAGAAUCUUUGCCUAGCGAGGAUAUCGAGGACAUGAUCGUUGAUAGCGAUGCCUCUUCCCAAAGUUCUACUUCAAGAAAACACAAGAAAAGUAAAGAAACCAAAGAGACCAAAGAAACCAAAGAAGAUGGUACGGUUAUCGAUAGCAAACCAUUGCUAAACAGGAAUGCCAUCUUGGGAGUUCUAAGUGAACUAACGAAGUCGUAUUCUGGCGUGGCUUUAAUCGUUGCCGAACAUGAAAUACAGAAACCUGGUAAACAAGGCAAUUCCAUGAUACCGAUACUUGCGUUUAUCUUGGACUACAUACUUCCCUCAGAAUGUGGUAAAACGCAGCCAGAUCAUCACAACCAUCGAGCCAGGCUCUUGCUUACCGUCUUGGCAGCCUGUAAUCAUACUCCAGAAGCACAAGUGAUCUUUGUUAACGAACUGAAGGACUCUCUUGCCCGCGCGUUGUCUCUGUCCGAAUCUCAAGUGAAACACGCGAGAUUACAGGCGUUGUUCCAACUCAUUCUUUCUAUAAUCGAUUCCAGUCCCCGGCAGUAUCGCGCUGCCGAACAAAAUGGAAUCGUUAAAUUGUUUAUUAAGAAAGGACUUCUCGCUGAUUUAGCGCGUGUUCCUCAAAGUCUUGAUCUUUCAAGUCCCUCUGUCGUCUCCACCGUAAACGGUCUUCUCAAACCGUUGGAAAAGCUUUCAAAUGUUAUUAAUCUUCCUGGUAAACAAACCACCGAUCCUAGUGGCAAGAACAAAGAACCGCUCUUAGUGGAUACUACAUCACGUAGCGAUGAUGUCGCUGAACACAUGUUUCGUAUUACGGAAAGGGACGUGGAUCGCGUGGAGAGUGACGAGAGUCGCGUGACGAGCCAAGAAUUUGGUGAUUUAGACUCCCGUGGUCUUCACGUGCAAGGUCAUGCUGUCGUUUCAAAUGCUGAUCAAGUUUAUGCAAUUGGCUCUGAAGGAGAGACAGAUCCACAGAAUGACACAACUGUAGCAUCACAACAGACAGAAGAUCUUAUUCCAGAGAGCGAUGAUGAUUUUUCAUCCCAAGCUUUGGAUGCGCUUGUCAUAGAGAUACAUCGUGAGGCCGGCAACGACAAUCAAGAAGGUAAUGAUGAUAACAGUAGGAUAGGUGAGGAUAAUGACGAUGAAGAUGACGAAGAUGAUGACGAUGACGAUGAUGACGAAGAUGAUGACGAUGACGAAGGGGAUCACAGAUCCGAUGGUGAAGAUGAAGAAAUCGAAGUGGAGGAAGAAGACGAGGUGGGAAAUAACGACGAAGGAGGUGAUAAUGCUGUUGUUGGUUAUAAUGGAGUCAUCAUGUUAGAAGAUGAAGAGGAAGAUGAACAUCAGGAUGAUGAUGAUGAUGAAGACGAAGAUGACGAAGACGAAGAGGACGACGAUGAUGAAGAAAACAGUGAAAUUGAGGGAAAUGAAACAUCAGAGUUUGCAGAACAAAUACCAAGUGUUCAUGGUGCUUCAGGAAUUGUCAACGAUUUUCUCUUUCUUCCAUUAGACGAGCCUAGACAAGGGUCAAUAAGUCGUUUUGUACGAGAACACACACGUCCCGGCAUUUUUUCGGCGCCUGGUUUUCGUAGUGGUCUUUUUGCGGGACUUCGUUCUGGCAUUUCGUCCAAUAGCAUACCUUCGUCAUCUGACGUCACUAUGGAACAUCCUUUAUUGAGGCGGCAACAAUCAAGAGAGCGACCUAGCAGCAGUCAGGCGGGAAGCUCGCGUUUACCACGUGUUCACGUAGUUCGUGGUGAUCGCAGUCGACAUAGUCACAUGACUCGUGUCCAUGUUCAUUAUGCGCACCCGCAAGAUAUUUCGCGUUUUAAUCGCCAUCUUCUUGAUGAUGAUAUUCGUUUGAUAACAAGAGCAGGACAUAGGAACUUGGAUGAUGAAGAUCUCGCUAGCAUCUUUGAUUUGGCUGAUGGUCUAACAACGACGAAUACUUUAUCGGAUGUUUCGUCCCCCUUAAACCUUUGGCUACAGGAAAGUCAGAUACUGGAUGGUGGGAGUGUGUUUCACUGUGUUGCCGGUGUGAAAAAGAAAGUUUUGCCAACACUCGAGCGAGAUUUAGACGCUCAAAUAAACACCGUUCGUGAAGCUGAAAGAAAGAAGAAAAAAGAGGAAGAGACGAAGAAACAAGCGGAAGAAGAAGCGAAAAAAGAAAAAUCGAAAGAUGAAAAUGCACCGAAGGAGGCAGUGCCUGAGCCUUCAGACACGUCAGCCCCAUCUACUUCAAGUAGUAGUGAACCAAUGCAGGUCGAGCAACAUCAUCUGAACCUGGUACAUCUGUAUCAGGCCGCGAAGAGGAAGGUCAUGUAUAUACAGAAGCUUCAGAGCGUAUCGACAGAAUCAAACCUUGAAAAUGCUGUCUCCAGUGAUACCCAGGCCAUUCCAUUGACUGUGACAACUGAUGUCGAUAACUCUGAGUCAGAAACGAAUAUUGAACGCGUGAUUAUCACUCCACCUCUUGAGCAGUCAUCGGAAAUGAGCAUUGAAGUUAGUAAUAAUGCUUCAUCCGCAUCGAGCAGUGUGCCGUCGUUUGAGCCUUCCCAAAGUGUCACCAACAUUAAUACUCCUGCGAAUCCCGAAGUUCAAAUGGAAGCAGGUGCGAAUCCUGAAGUUCAAAUGGAAGCAGGAGCAAAUCCUGAAGUGCUAAUGGAAGCACGAGCAGAUCCUGAAGUGCUAAUGGAAGCACGAGCAGAUCCUGAAGUGCAAAUGGAAGCACGAGCACAUCCUGAAGUGCAAAUGGAAGCACGGGCAGAAGAUAAUGUGACACUUGAUGCAAACCUCUUCAUUAAUCCUCCUGAAGUCACAUCUAACAUUUCAUCUACUGCGACGAUAUUUGUUACUCCUCAGAUCGAAACUCCCGUUCAAGAAUGUCCUGGUGCCCCUGAACGUCCCUUGACGGAAACACCCGAUCUUUCUGAUCCGAAUCUAGCCCCAACACCAAGAUCUCCGAAUGAGGAUCAGCUCAUGGAUACGACUGGUGAUGACGCGUCACGAACAGAAAAUCUUACUCUCUUCAAUACAAGGACACAAGAACAUAACAACAGCGACGGUAGUAAUAAUGCAAGCACUUCAACUAAUCCUCCUUCUAUGAUUGAUGGAGUACAAAUACCUGAAGGUGUGGAUCCUUCAUUUCUUGAAGCUCUUCCUGAGGCCAUACGCCGUGAGGUGUUAGCUGAACAGCUCGCUUUACGACGCAAUACGAGCACCACUGCGUCAUCAAGUGGACCCUCUACCUCUGAUGGAGGAGAGAAUAGCUCUACUUUUAAUGUCAGCCCAGAGUUUCUUGCUGCUCUUCCACCUGAAGUACAAGAUGAGGUUCUUCAACAACAGCGUUUAGAGCGAGAACGACAGCGCGUGCGCAGUACGCCACCGGAAGAACCUCUUGAUCCAGGUACCUUCUUACGUAAUCUCCCUCAAGCAUUACGUCAACAGAUCCUCGCAGACAUGGAUGACUCACAACUUGGUGUUUUGCCCGAAGAUCUUUCCACGCAGGCGCAGUCAUUGCGUAGGGAGUUUGAAUCACGUCAAGCCCGCCUUAUGCAGGAAAGGUUUGCUUUCGGCUCGGACAACGAGGCUGCUUCUGCAAUAUCAGCUUUAUUUCGUCGCUCGCGUAUUCCACGUCGUGUUGGUCGUGUCGGUCGUGGCGGUAGUUUCCAGUUUUCCCGUUUCAUUCCUCCGUCUAGUGCAUGGGGACGCUGUCCCGGUUUUUCAAACACGGCUAAUCAGAACAAGGAGAAGAAAAACGCCAUAACUGGACGACAGGUUCUUGAUAGCGAUGCUCUAGUAUGUUUGUUGAUCUUACUUUUUAUUGAAGAACCUCGCAUCAAUAGCAAUCGCUUAUUGAAAGUGUUGAGAAACAUUUGUUAUCACGAAGAUACUAGACUUUGGGUUAUACAAUCACUUAUUUCCGUGUUACGAAGGACUAGUGGACAAAAUCCCGAUGGGAGUUGUGCCCCAGUUACAGCAUCCAUUGCUCGGGGCAAAGGUACUGGGAAAAAACCCGAUACUCAUUCUAAAGCGCUUGAUGAUCAACUAGGCAAGUCAUCACGAGUGGCAUCCGAUACGAUUCCGAACACAUCUUCGUGGCUGAAUAUGAGCGUUGACGCCGCUUUGGGAUGCAGAGCGCGUGUUUUUAACGUUCAAAAAACGGGAAAAUCUGCAUGUAGUGUUAGCAUAAACGAACAAGCUUCCUUAUUUGUUUGUAAACAUGUUCUCGAUGCUUUGACUGCAUUGGCAAAACACUUUCCCGCCAGUUUUGCUCCACGGCAAGUCACGAGUUGUUCCGAAGCUGAUACGAAAGAUGAGCGUCCUACAACGAGUGGAUAUAAUGAAUCCGAAUUUUGGAAUGCCUUAUUACGACUCGACGGUAAUUAUGGCGGGAAAAAGGGUAAAAUGUUGACAAGAACCAUUUCAUCUGGAGGAAAUAUUGCGAAAGGUGAUUCCAAUGCGUCACCUCUUGCUUAUCUUAUGAACUUACUUUCUCACCCUGUCAUACGAAAGAACGUUAAUUUAAUGGAUGUAUUGUUGCGGCUGCUUUCUAUUGUAUCUGCUUCGUUACCUGAUGGAUCUGACCAUGCGAGGUCGUUGCGAAGCAACGCUGUUGGCGUUUCCUCGCAAACUAACCAAUCAGCGGGUAGAAAUAUUUUAGUUCGACUUCCGGAGUCUGGAGCUACCACAAUUCUCGAGACAUAUCCUCCUCCUCCUAUUGAUUCUGGUAUAGGUGACUGCAGUGGUUCUUCAAGUCUUUUGGUAGCAGAGGAGAUUGGGAGUGAACCUAUGGAUGUCGAAGUCCACUCAUUGACGUCAUCAGCGUCUAAUAACACGGAGUCGGCUGCCAUAACUACAACACAGUUGAGGUUAGCUGUUGAUGUGCUCACCACUGGUUCGUGUUCCGAUGAAGGAUUGGACGACGUUACAACUGUUCUUCUUCAGGUAUCUAGGUUGGACGACAUAACACGUGUCACUGUUCUCUCCUUGUUAUUGUAUGGUGUUACUGAACUUGGUAAUUUGUUACAAGGCAAUAUUUCUACGUUAUUGGAUGAAUUGCGCGAAUAUAACGCGACGCACGAUACAGUUGUACCAAAUGAAAGAACGAAUAAAGAACCACUGGAACAGAUGUUGGCUUUUCAACGAAUGAAUAGAUCAAACAACGCCUACUUUCCUGCCGCUGUUCGAAUGUACACCAAUGAAACGAGGUGGCAUGGUGUCUGGUUUGAGAGGAAAUCGACGACGAAUCAAGGUCAAGGGCAACAACGUCACAUCCGGUCACUUACAUACGAUCUUCAUCUGCCCUCCAUGGCUUUGUUCACGGAUAAGACGUGCAGUCAAAAUCUCUUCCUUCGAGCUCUUCGUGUUGUUUUGCAGUUGCGCGUUGCAGCUAGAAAAGCAGCCAUUGCCGCCAAGAAAGAAGAAGAGAAAAAGAAAAAAGUUAAAGACGAUAAAGAAUCGAGCAAGUCAAAUGUUUCAGCAAACAACGAGACUCGUGAAAGUGAAAAAGAUCAUGCAGGAUCAUCUAAAGAGUGCAGUGUCGACGAGUUAAUACCACGGUUAAGUGGUCAACUGUCUCUUGGGGAACUAUGGCAAACAUUGAGUGACUGCUUGACUGAAUUGGCUCGAACCUCAGAUCGCAAUGCCGUUUUGGUGCUUCAACCGGCAGUCGAGGCUUUUUUCCUUGUCCACGGUACCGAGAAGGAAGGCAAACAAUCAAAUAACACGCAGCAAUCACGUGGCCUACCAAACGAAGUGGCACGGUUGGCACCUAUACGAAGUAUUGACGAUAUGCCAGCAUCACCUGGACCCAAUUCUCCGGGUGGUUCACUAAAUCCCGUAGUACAGUCGUCCAUCCCUGCGGAUCUGCCCGAGGAUCAACAGAUGUUCUUGCGAUUUGCAGAAAUGCACCAGACAGUUCUCAAUCAUAUAUUACGACAGUCGACAACCCAUUUGGCUGAUGGUCCUUUUGCCGUGCUUGUUAAUCACACGAGAUUUCUUGAUUUUGACGUGAAACGCCGUUACUUCCGACACGAACUUGAACGGUUAAACGAAGGCGCCUCAAUGCGACGCGAUGAUUUGUCAAUCCAUGUUCGACGAGAGCACGUGUUUGAAGACUCUUAUCGCGAACUGCACCGAAGAUCUCCCGAAGAACUGAAGUCGAGAUUGUACGUUGUAUUUGAAGGGGAAGAAGGACAAGAUGCUGGUGGUUUACUUCGAGAAUGGUACAUGAUUAUGUCACGUGAGAUGUUUAAUCCUAACUACGCAUUGUUUCGAAUCUCUCCUGGUGAUCGUGUUACGUACCUACCGAAUCCCAGUUCGCAUUGUAACUCAAACCAUUUAAGUUAUUUCAAGUUUGUUGGUCGUGUUGUAGCAAAGGCAAUUUAUGAUAACAAAUUGCUCGAUGCAUAUUUCACUCGCUCUUUCUACAAACACAUCUUGGGCAUUCCUGUCAAGGUCUCCGAUAUGGAAGCUGAAGAUUACAGUUUUUAUCAAGGCUUGGUGUAUCUCCUUGAGCACGACAUUGAUGAGAUUGGAGUUGAAUUGACGUUCAGCACUGACAUCGAGGAAUUUGGUGUGUCCGAAGUACGUGAUCUUAAAGCAAAUGGUCGUAAUAUUCCUGUUAACGAGGACAACAAGAAGGAGUAUGUUAAACUUAUCUGUCAAGAAAGAAUGACCGGCUCCAUACGCAAACAGAUCGAGAGCUUCCUGGAAGGAUUUUACGAAAUCAUUCCCAAAAGAUUGAUCUCAAUAUUUGAUGAGCAAGAACUGGAGUUACUUAUAUCAGGGCUACCUACGAUAGAUCUCGAUGAUCUGAAGGCGAACACUGAAUAUCAUAAAUAUAACGAGAAUUCACUACAAAUUCAAUGGCUUUGGCGUGCUUUACGAUCAUUCGAUCAAGCAGAAAGGGCGAAAUUCCUUCAGUUUGUGACAGGAACAUCUAAAGUUCCUCUACAAGGUUUUGCUGCGCUUGAAGGAAUGAAUGGCCUUCAGAAGUUUCAGAUUCACCGAGAUGAUCGCUCUACAGACAGGCUUCCUGCUGCUCAUACAUGCUUCAAUCAAUUGGAUUUACCACCUUACGAAACAUACGACAAACUGCGUGCUGUUCUGCUGAAGACAAUCCACGAAUGCCCGGAAGGAUUCGGAUUGGCUUGAAACUUAAAGGAAGCAAUGAGGAUCGUGGUAUUUCACAAUUACAAAAUUUGUUUACAAAUUAGGUGAUGUUACUCUGCUGUUUGAAAUAUUUUUCGAAAUCUCUCCUAAAAUAUUUGUAAAAAAUUGAACUACUUCCGAUUUCAUCCUUAUUCGCCUAAUACAUUUUUUUUUGAAACUCUUUUGUAAGAAAUACUAGGCGUCGUAAGUUCUAACGUUGUACUUGUCUCCGUGGCCCUAGUCACUCCAUUAUGUAAUAGUAUGAUUUGUCGUUAUGAAAUUUUGCAAAUAUAUAUGUUAUCAUUUUUUAAUGCAA